UUUACUUCUCUCCAUUUGUCAGCUUCCAAUCAGCAUAUGCCAGUUUUUAUUUAGGUAGCAUCGAGAGCUACUCUCCAAAUUAAUCACUGUUCGUCCUCUUCGUUACUCCCUUUAUGCUUUGUCAUUGAUCAAAUAGCCCAGCAAACCUCCCAUCGCAGCAUACUAUAAACUAGAAACCCUUGUGUCUUUUUCUCUGUCUGUGAAUAUCAAGCUCAUUAAUGGCACUCCAUGAAGAGGAUUCAUUGAUAUCCGAGCUGAAUUUAGCAUGUUCUGAUUUGAAAACACUGCUUCAAGCCUCUUCCAAGAUUGAAGAUAUCUUAGAAAAAAUGGAUAAAAAGUUCGAUGUUAUAGAUGAAAGUCUCUCAACAUCCUCAAGAAGAGUAGCUCCUUUGCAUUCUUUGGCCAUGGCUGCAAAAGCCCUUGAAACCAGAAUCAAUAGAGCUGUCUCUCCCGCCCUUGCCCUCCUUGACAGCUUCAAGCUCUGUGAGUCUCUCCAACAGAAGCUCCUCGAGGUUUCCUCCCAAUUAUCUGCAGAUAAAAAUCCCAAGAAACGGCUAAAGCUCUUGCUUAAACUUGUUGAUUGUGUUGAUAAGCUAAAUGCAGUCAUAAACACAAUUAGUGAAGAUGGUGAGCCAGUGAUUCAAAAGCUGCAAGAGGUGGUGGAAUUCUUGAGCAGGACCAAAGCCACGGAUCAGUACAGGGCGUAUAGAUUAAGAGAGACUUUGAUCACACUCAAGAUUCUUUACGAGACAGAGAUUGAUGCAAUGAAGUUUGAUGGGUUGCUUGACGAGGCUUUACUCAAUUUGCAAGAUGAGCAUGAGAGCAUACUGCAGAAACUGAAGCACCAUAAUAUUGAUGAAUCCCAGGGGGAUAAUAAACCUGACAUGGCUGAUUCUGAUCUAGGAACAGAGCUGGAGAUUGAAGUCCUCAGACGAAUUUCAGAAACUCUAGCCGCCAAUGAUUGUCUGGACAUAUGCAUUGAUAUCUACGUCAAGGUGAGAUAUGUAAGAGCAGCGAAAGCAUUGAUGCGGCUAAACCCAGAUUAUUUGAAGACUUACACUCCUGAAGAAAUUGAUGAAAUGGAGUGGGGGACUUUAGAGACAGCGAUAAGCCUUUGGAUUCAACAUUUUGAACUUGCAUUGAGAACAGUAUUUGUGUCCGAAAAGAAGCUUUCAAACCAAAUCCUGGGAGGGAUUUUGGAUGGAGCUGUCUGGCUAGAAUGCUUUGUCAAGAUUGCAGAUAAAAUCAUGGCAGUCUUCUUUCGAUUUGGAGAAGGUGUUGCAAGGAGCAAUAAAGAGCCCCAGAAGCUUUUUAAGCUCUUAGACAUGUUUGACUCCUUAGAAAAGCUUAAGACGGAGUUCUCUGAGAUUUUUGAAGGCGAAGCUGGUGCUGAUAUAUGUACAAGAUUUAGGGAACUAGAAAAACUCCUCGUCCAUUCUUCAAGCAAAGUGUUUUGGGAGUUUGGUCUCCAAAUUGAAGGCAAUUCAGAUGGUUUCCCUCCACCACAAGAUGGUUCAGUCCCAAAACUUGUAAGAUAUGCCAUUAACUAUCUUAAAUACCUUGCCUCAGAAACUUAUAGUGCACCUAUGGCCAAAGUUCUCCUCACAGAAAAAAUAUGGAAAGCUGGAAUUUUAUCGAAACCUGAACCUGAAGAGAACUUACUCAGAGAUGCAAUUACCAACAUCAUGGAGGCACUUCAAAGGAAUGUGGAAUCGAAAAAACUGCGUUACAAGGACAGAAUCCUGCCCCAAGUAUUUGCCAUGAACACAUAUUGGUACAUUUACAUGAGAACAAGAAACACGGAACUUGGGAAGCUAUUAGGAGAGCAGUACUUGAAAAUGAAUUACAAGGUUGUUGCCGAGGAAUCAGCUUACAUGUAUCAAAGGCAAGUUUGGAAACCUCUUGUGAGAUUGCUUGACAAGGAAGAAUUGAAAAGAGAAAACAAAAGUGACAAUGAGGAUACGAGGGCUUUGAUCAGAGAGAAAAUGGAAGGUUUCUUGAAGGGCGUUAGCGAGGUUUCACAAAGGCAUAGAUCAGGGUCUUACACAAUUCAUGAUGUUGAUCUGAGAGAGCAGAUCAAAGAAGCCACUGUGAAGCUAGUGGUUCCUGCUUACAUUGAGUUCUUGAAUGCUUAUUCAAGUGCUUUGCCAUCUAAAUCAUAUGUUAAACCUGAGGCAGUCCAGGGAUUGUUGGAUCAGAUUUUCAACGGCAGCGAUGGCAAAUUGAAGCGUCGUAAUUCAAAGCACCGGACACGUGGAGGGACUUCAUCUUCCUUUGACGGUGAGAGCAAGGAUUUGAGAAGGUUAAGGUCGUAUACUAGCGACAUGUAGCUCUUUGUUGGGAACAGGAUUCCCUUGUUCUGUUUUGCGUGUGAAUUUAUAGCAUAUUCAAACGUUAAUGUACCAAAAAACACAAAAAAAAGCAUAUUAAAAUAUGAAGCACCAUCUCUUACAACUGGAACUAGUCUCUAAUUAAGAGAUGUUCCGAGAAGAGUUGACCUGGUAAAGUGGGUGAUACGGUAGGUUAACUUUCAUAUUUUUUU